AUGAGAAAAGCUGCAGAAACCCAGGUGCCAUUCCUCAGCAGUUAUAAAGCCACUCAGACCAGAGCCAAAGCCCAGUGCUCACUGUCAGAUCCACAGCUGGUCUCAGGAGCCCUGAUAGAUGUGGCCAAACACCUGGGCAACCUGGCCUUCAGAGUCUGGGAGAAGAUGAAGGAGAAGGUCCACUUUAGUCCUGUCAUUCUGGACCCAAACACUGCUCACCCCCGUCUCUAUCUGUCUGAUGAUCUGACCAGUGUGAGACGUGGAGACACAGACCAGCAGCUUCCUAACAAUCCAGAGAGAAAUACUAACUAUGCCAAUGUUCUGGGCUCUGAGGGCUUCAGCUCAGGGAAACACAGCUGGGAGGUGGAGGUGGGAGAUCAUCGUAGCUGGAUUGUUGGUUUAGUUAAAGAGUCAGUUGACAGGAAGGGAGAGUGUCCGGCUUCACCAGAAUAUGGAUUCUGGUGUUUAUGGCAUCGUGAUGGAAAAUACACUAAUGGUCUUAGUCAGACUGUGACAGUGAAGAAGAGUCUCCAGAGGAUCAGAGUCCAGCUGGACUAUGACAGGGGGGAGGUGUCCUUCUACAACUCUGAAGACAUGACUCACAUCUACACUCACAGAGACACUUUCACUGAGAAACCUUCCCAUAUUUCAGUGUUGCAAAAGCUGACGUUCCCGCUCCCACAUCCCAACGUUCUCAGCCGGACAUCCCCUGAUCCCCAAACUGUACGUGAUGCCAUGGAAAAAAAGGACAUGAAGAACCAGAGGCUGCUGAUGAAGCCAGCGCUCCACCCAGACCUCCUCCUCCUCCUGGGCUCCUCUCAGCCAGACAGACGACAGCUCAUCACCCCCUCCCACUUCUCCAGGUACAACAGCUCUGUGGGGGGACGACCAGCGGUUUACCAAACCUGA